GAGCGGCUGUUCUGUGACCGGCAAGUUUUGUCGUCUGUUCCAUGUGACCAUGUCAACAAGCAUGAGUCAAUUGACAGGUCAAUUGACGUAGUAACAUUUAAAUUCGGCUUGUACACAAACAAACCAAACCAAUCGAGUCAAAUUGAAAUUUCCCGUUUCCGAAUAGUUUGAAAAUGGCCGAGACUUCGGUCAAGUUCCUGAACGACUUGUUCAAGCAGGACCACGUGGACGGCGAGGAGGAUUUCUACUUCGAAACUGACUUCCUGGCCCUCAAAGGAAACAGGGAUUAUUUGAAAUUGGUCAAAGCCCUUGCCAUUCUCGACGCCCAGAGAAUAAAAGUGGCCCAGGAUAUAGACAAAUUGGAAGAACUGAAACGGAGGGUUGACAUCGAUCCAGAAGGUGUCAAACAUGAAAUAUUGGAAACAAAGCCAGACUACCUCCACCGUCUCAAUAUCGCAAAGGUGCCAGAGAUCGAUUGGACCAAGUACAAAACUGACUUUACCGGAAAAUUGGCUCAAAAGACGAGACGAUCGAAGCAGUUGAACACUUCACCAGAGAGUUCGAUAAAACAAGAAAGUAUAAAACAGGAAGACGACAAGACCAUACGCGUCAGGGGGCGAGUUUACAAUGAGAAAAAGCCUGAAACUUUCAACCAGUUGUGGACUGUUGAAGAACAAUUGAGACUGGAGCAAUUGCUUAUAGAAUUUCCACCUGAAAGGGUUGAGAACAGAAGGUGGAAAAAGAUUGCUCAAGCACUAGGAAACCGGACUACGAAACAAGUCUGUAGCAGAGUGCAAAAAUAUUUUCAAAAAUUGCAAAAAGCAGGGAUCACAGUACCAAGCCGAUCUACCUCUAGGUCUUCCAAGCCGGCGCAUGUGAACAAAAGGCAUAAACACCUUCUCUACAAGAGGACGACAUUUUUCCCCGGUCUUGCUUUGGGUGAAAUGGAAUCCGAAUCUGAUGAGGACACGUGCCUCUCAAACGAAAGUGACGAAGUAAACCUAGCAUAUUGGAAAAGUGUUCUUGAAAAAAUUGUCGAAGAGAAGAAAAAUUACAAAGAGGGUGAUGAAAUGGUUCAACAUUUUGGCUACAAGUGUAAAUUAUGUGAAGAAUGCCCCAUAUUGGGGACGAGAUGGACAUGCAGCAGCUGCCCAGAGUUCCACACCUGUUCAGAUUGCCUGGCUGCUAUUGUCGACAAAGAACCACCGAUCCACUCGCUCAGUCAUAAAUUCAAUCCGAUUUAUGAAUUUAUCAAUCCGUAUUAUUCAAGCAAAGCUUUGGGCUCUGAUAAUUAUUUGGACCCAAAUUUUGAAACACAUACACAGUCGUGUUGAAAUAUUUGUAAAAGUUUUUAUACUAUUUAUUUAUUUUUUAAAUUAAAUUAUUGUUAACUAAUAAUAACUCUAGUUUGUGGUGAAUGUUUACAUUACUACAACUCAUUUUUUAUACUGCAUUUUAUACCGAGUAGAAAAAUACAACCAAAAAUUUACAUUUACCAAAUAUUUACCCCAUCUACUGUUAACAAUAUUUUUUCUUUAUUCCUGAUAAACAUGAGUCUUCUGUCUAAUAAACAUUGGGGAGCACA